CUCACUCCCACGGUAUUUUGACGUGUGUGUAUAUAUACAUAUAUUACUGGGAGAAUUAAACUUCAUGUGUCUGAUGACUUGAGUCCAUAUAAUAAUCCUCAGCAAGUCUCGAGAUAAACCCGUGGAUAUUAACCCGUGGAAAAAUACAGCAGAAGUGAAUUUAGGAGAUUCUCCUGUCGCCUUUUGAAGGAUAAACACUGAAUCAAGAAUUGGCGCUGGAUGGAUUUUUAUUUUCUUCUGCACUCUUCUGGUUUUCUAAUGUCAGGUGUCUCACAGCCAAAUUACGCGCUGUGAAACAUCCUCCGUGUGCCAUUUUUCUGGAUUUUACUGUGACACCUGUGACUUCGUAAGUGUGGGCUUUUUUUUCUUCAGUCUGAAAGCAGUGAGGUGUUUCUCCUGGACUGAUGGCGUCUUCUGCACCUUCUUCCUCGGCUGGUGAUUUGGACCCAAACACGGCUAAUUUACGACAACCUGCCACAACCUGCGACGCGUGGUACGGGGUUGCGCACGGAUGCACGAGGAAACUUGGCAUGAAGAUAUGUGGUUUCCUGCAGAAGAACAACAGUCUGGAUGAGAAGAGUCGUAUGGUGGGCGCCUUCAAGGAGAGCGCGAAGAACCAGCUGACGUGUGACAACAGCGAGCGCUUCACACGCGCAGAGACAGACUUCUCCAACCUGUUCGCUCGAGAUCUACUGCCUGCAAAGAAUGGAGAGGAACAAACAAUCCAGUUUCUUCUUGAGGUGGUGGAGAUCCUCACCAAUUAUGUUCGCAAGACCUUCGACAGAUCUACCAAAGUGCUGGACUUCCAUCACCCUCACCAGCUUCUGGAGGGGAUGGAGGGCUUCAACCUGGAACUGUCAGAUCAACCAGAGUCCCUGGAGCAGAUCCUGGUGGACUGCAGAGACACGCUCAAGUAUGGAGUGAGAACAGGUCAUCCUAGAUUUUUUAAUCAGCUUUCAUCCGGACUGGACAUCAUUGGUCUCGCUGGAGAAUGGCUCACCUCUACUGCCAACACUAACAUGUUCACCUACGAGAUUGCGCCCGUGUUUGUUCUGAUGGAGCAGCUGACCCUAAAGAAGAUGAGAGAGAUCAUUGGCUGGCCUAACGGUGAUGGCGAUGGACUCUUCUCACCAGGUGGUGCCAUAUCAAACAUGUACAGUGUGAUGGUUGCGCGGUAUAAGUAUUUCCCAGAAGUCAAAACCAAAGGCAUGUCUGCAGCACCACGACUCGUGCUUUUCACAUCUGAACAUAGUCAUUAUUCAAUCAAAAAGGCAGGAGCUGUACUGGGAUUUGGCAAAGAAAAUGUCAUUCUCCUAAAGACAGAUGAGAGGGGGCGUGUCAUACCUGCUGACUUAGAGGCCAAGAUCAUUGAUGCCAAACAGAAGGGUUAUGUGCCACUGUUUGUGAAUGCAACGGCUGGUACCACAGUAUAUGGAGCAUUCGAUCCCAUCAAUGACAUUGCCGACAUCUGCGAGAAGUACAACCUGUGGUUGCAUGUGGAUGGUGCAUGGGGCGGAGGACUGUUGAUGUCCAGGAAGCACCGUCACAAGCUAAGCGGCAUUGAGAGGGCGAACUCUGUCACAUGGAACCCUCAUAAGAUGAUGGGUGUACCAUUGCAAUGUUCAGCCAUCCUGGUUAGAGAGAAGGGCAUUCUGCAGGGCUGCAACUCCAUGUGUGCUGGAUACCUCUUCCAACCAGACAAACAGUAUGAUGUGACCUAUGACACCGGCGACAAGGCCAUCCAGUGUGGCAGACAUGUAGACAUCUUCAAAUUCUGGCUCAUGUGGAAGGCCAAGGGCACAACUGGGUUUGAGCAGCACAUUGACAGAUGCCUGGAGCUUUCUGAAUAUCUCUACAAUAAAAUCAAGAACCGUGAGGGAUAUGAAAUGGUCUUUGAGGGCCAGCCCCAGCACACAAAUGUUUGCUUCUGGUAUAUUCCACCAAGCUUGCGUGGCAUGCCACAUGGAGACGAACGAAGGGAGAAGCUGCACAGGGUGGCGCCAAAGAUCAAAGCAAUGAUGAUGGAGUGCGGUACAACCAUGGUAGGAUACCAACCACAGGGAGACAAAGUCAACUUCUUCCGAAUGGUCGUCUCCAAUCAUGCCGUCACCAAGUCAGACAUCGACUUCCUCAUAGACGAGAUCGAGAGGCUGGGUAAUGACCUGUAAAAGCAGAGAACUGCUGCUCUGUGUCUAUAAUAGUGGCUCAGGCAUCUCCUUCAUCCACUCGACAGGACAGUCGUGCGGUCUACACAUUUAAUGGCUAUGUUUCGACGUCGUGUUGUGGUCCAAUAUGUUCUGUCCUUAUUCUCAAUGUAUUUAGAUCUUUAACUUACAGAUUACAUAGCCUAUAUAGUAUGGAGGCUUGUUUCCGCCUCGGAAUACAAAAAUAAAAAAGGCAAUUGUGACUUUUUAUCUCGCAAUUCUGACUUUUUUCUCAAAUAUAAAAAUCUGGAAUUGCGUGAAAUAAAGUCCGAAGUGUAAGAUAUAAACUCACAAUUGGUGAGAAAAACGUCAUAAUUGGAUUGGAAACAAUUACCUUUUGUAACUGCAAGUUUAUAUCAUAAUUCUUUUUCCGCAAAAGUUUUUCUGCAGAAUUUUGAGAUAUAAAUUAGGAAAAAUGUCAGAAUUGUGAGAUAUAAACUCGCAAUUACAAAUAAAACAUUUAAUUGGAUGAAAAAAAGUCAGAAUUGUAUGAUAUAAUCUUUAUAAACCAUUACAAAUAAAACUUACAAUUGCAAAAGAAAAAGUUAGAAUUAAGAUAUAAACUCCAAAUUACAAAGAAAAAACUUGUCAUAAGGAGAAAAAUGUCAGAAUUGUAAGAUAUAAACUCGCAAUUACAAAUAAAACUCACAGUUGCGAGAAAAAAGUCAGAAUUGUGAGAUAUAAACUCGCAAUUACAAAUAAAACUUGCAAUUGUGAGAAAAACAUCUGAAUUUUGAUAUAAACUCGCAAUUACAAAUAAAACUCGCAGUUGCGAGAAAAAAAGUUGUUAUUUUCAAUCUGAUCUCACAGCAAUUCAAAUGUAUUUUACGAGGUGGCUAAUUCGUACGAAUUUGUAAAUUUUUUGCUAAAUCGCACAUAUUUUACAAGUUGUAAAAUUCGUAUGUAUUCGUAUGAAUGACUUACCCCUAACCCCGCCCCUAAACCUACCCAUCACUGGGGUUUAGACAAAUCGUAUGAAUUUGUACGAGUGACUUCGUACAAAUUCGUACGAAUUAGCCACCUCUUAAAAUACGUACGAAUUGGUCGCGAGAUAGCGUUGGAAUUGUGAGAUAUAAACUCGCAGUUACAAAUAAAACUUACAAUCGCGAGACAAAAAGGUCAGAAUUGUGAGAUUUAAACUUGCAAUUACAAAUUAAACUUGUCAUAAGGAGAAAAAAUGUCAGAAUUGUAAGAUAUAAACACGCAAUUGCGAGAAAAAACAUAAUUAUGAGAAAAAAAGUUGCAAUUACUUUUGUAAUUGCGAGUUUAUAUCACAAUUCUAAAUUUUAUUUCUCACAAUUCUGAUUUUAUAUCUCUCAAUUCUGACUUUUUUCACAGAAUUUUGAAAUAUAAACUCAGAAUUGGGGGAAAAAGGUCAGAAUUGUAAGAUAUAAACUCGCAAUUGUGAGAAAAAAAGUCAGAAUUGUGAGAUAUAAAAAUUUGGAAUUGCAAAAAAUAAAGUCUGAACUGUGAGAUAUAAACUCGCAAUUACAAAUAAAACUUGUAAUUGAGAGAAAAUGUGAGAUGUAAACUCACAAUUGCAACAAAUAAAGUCAGAAUUGCAAGACAUGAACUCACAAUUACCUUUUUCGCAAUUACUAGUAGUUUUUUAUUCCGUGGCAGAAACAAGCUUCCAUAGUAUAGCUACACGGUCACCUUACAGCACACUUUAAGUCCAUUGGGAUCAUGUGUAACAGCUGGUGCUUCGGUUUGUAAAUACAAGAUAAAGACAAGCAAAGGCGCAGCACCCUUUUAAUGAAGCUCGAAGCCCUUUCUGUGUAGUAGUGGGGUCUGUGUGUAAACCAGUGGUUGAUCUGUAUUUUAGUGUUGUGUUUCUAGAACUUACCUUGUAGCAGGUCAUUUAAAGUGUUUAAUCAACACCUUUGUGAGGUGAAACAUAGGUAUUCAAUUUUCAGUUUGAAAUAUUCUACUGAUAUAAAAAUAUAUAAACAAAGACCUUUAUUUAUAUCGUGAGCCGAGCAGUGUUCAAAGGUUCAGUAUUUCUCCCAUUUGUAAUGGUUCUUCAUUUGUAUUUUAAGACAAGAUAUAUAAUCAAAUAAGUUUAGGCUAAUGUUUAAUGGUCCAGUAGUGUACUUGUGAGCCAAAGACAGAAUUAGUGCCAUACAUUUUACAAUAUACUCGAUAUUCUUUGAAAUAAGCAAGCAUAUAAAUUAUAACAUGAAUCUAUAUACAUUUAUAUAAAUAUGAAUAUAUUGUAUAUGUUUAUUGUUGUUCAGGCCCUUAACUCUGUGCAAUCAGUGUGUUAGUGUUAUUGUGUGUAUCUUUUGACUGAAUGUUACAAGCAAUCCUAUCAAUUAUCUGAAGGUUAGUUACCAGAUGUAUAAUGCUGAUUAUUGAUAUUCAACUCAGGCAAUUAUAGCAUCAUAUAUAAACAACAAAAGAAAACAAUAAAGCAAAAAGCACAAACUUAGAAGGGAGGUCGGAAAUGAUGUCCUCAGGAUGCUGGAAGAUUGUGUUAAUAUAAAUAUUUAUUAAAGGUUUAUUGAUAUUUCACUGCUGUAUUUAGAUUCAGCUGUUGUCUUUGGAACAUGUGAAAGAUGAUUUUAUGUAAUGUUCUCUAUUUGUUCAAAGUGUUUUUGACAAAUGCACAAUAAUCUUUUUCCUCUAUUACUGUAAAUUGUUGACUGUAAAUGUUGAAUGUGAGGAGGGCGAUUUGGUCUCCUCAGUAAGGCUGGCACUUUAAAAUGCAAUCACACUAUAUGUAAACUGCUAUUAACACAAUAAACGCGAUUAAACUA